CUUUGUUUUUCUUUAAGUCUUUUUCAUCUCUGUUUGGUAUCAGGCUCUUGAGGAGAGUCUAUAUGAAAUCAAAGAACAAAUACUUGCAGCAGAAGAAAAGAUGAGGAUUUACAAUCCGGAUGUGGAGAAAAUAAACACAGUUCAUGAAGCUCAAGAGCACCAGCAAUUUCUUGUUGAUGCGAUUCAGCGUAUAGAACAGUUGAAAGUGAAGCUUCUAAGUGAUCAGAUCACCCUGGAAAAACCAGAGUCUAGCCAGGUGAGGUUGCUAGAUGACCAGAUACUGCCACAAAAACCAGAGAAUCUUCAGGUAACCAGGACUAAGAAUGCAGAUCCAACCACUGAAGGGUUGAAUGAUGCUAACACCUCCAGGAACCUCCCAGGGGGUGAACACCAUGAAGAAACAGCCUUUCCUGCAGGACCCCACCUGACAAUGAGCUACCUAAAGGCACAGAACCUAGCAGGCGAGGGCACAUCGUGUUGGUUCGACGACAACUAGUCCUCAUGCUCCUCAGCUCCUCAGCUGCUGAGGGCCAUUUCUCUGAAAGGCUGGUGCAAGAAGUUCCAUUCUGAGUCCUGGGUCUCCUGGGUCUUCCAAUAAUUUAGUAGCUUAUUAGGCUUUUCUGAAAACAGCAAGCUGUUGUGUUAUGGUAUCUGUUUAAGGGCUCGUCUUAAGUUUUAGUUUGUUGCUUCAACUUAAUGUUUGAACCCGGAGAAUGUUAGAGCUUGUUUGGGAAUUGUUUUUUAAAAACA